AUGGCGUACCCGCCUCAUUACCACGAACAGCAGCAGCAGCAGCAGCGGUAUUCAGAGCAUGACGUGACAGCGCAUGUCAGCCCACACCUCGCCGCUCUGGCGGAGGAUGUGCAUCGAAUUACCGGUGACAUCAGCAGGCCAUUCCGCAAGGCGGAGUACACAAUGGUGCUGCAGCAGUUUGACAUGCUGAUGGCCUCCUCCACCCUGGAGGUGGUCGCCGCGAUGGCGGUGGAGUGCCGCGAAGAGAUGCGCGAGCUCGACUCGCUAGGGCACUCACUGAACGUCUUGGGUCCCGACUUCCUGACGUGGCGGCUGACAACCCCGCAGGGACGUGCGAUCGGUGUCAAUGGUAACUACAACCUUCCGAAGCCGUCCACAGUCUCCAACGAUGCCUACCAGCUAUACGUGCUGGAGCAGCGGAUAGAGCAUGCCUGGGGGGAGGUACUGCUGGCGGCGAUGCGUCAGCUACCUGAUGAGCAGGAGCACCACGAUGAGAUCGUGAACGACUUUGAGAGGCUGUUCGAGCGCUGCUCCGACUACUUGCGCGCGAUGCUGCAGGACACCAUAAGCGCAGUGCACCUGCUGGACGUGACAGUGAUGGACGCCACGGAGCUGCCAACGCAGUUUGUCGUCCAUGCUGCACUAGUGAAACACCCUCCCUCCAACGUCACCGCACUGGUAAAAUUCAUCCAGUACCUGAAGCAGCGAAGCAUCCCGCUCUCGCUAGCCGCCGCCGAGCAGCUGGAGCGCAUCUACCUACGAUUCAUGAAGGGCAGCGCUGCCGCGGACGUGUUUGAGAGCGUCACCGCCGCCGGCGUCAUCCCGCUCUCUGUGCGGCCGUUUGCGAUGCUCUUCAAUAACCUCACUGACGCGAACGCCGUGCUGGACGCGUAUGACUUGAUGCUUGACUACAGCAUAGCGCCCGAGGCCUCCACGCUGCGCAUCCUGUGCAAGCAGUCUCGUAUGGAGUACGCAAAACUGCACUUCACAACGGUGCUCAAGAGCAUGACAAACACCACUAGCACGUCUCACUCGCACUCGCCGCCGCCGUCGCCGCCGCCACCGCACUCCCCGCUGGCGUCUGGGGGCGCUGUUGCGGUAGCUGCGCACACGAAUGCCCCCACCAUCACCACAGCAUCGCGCCGGCGUGACGAGCGCUCGUACUUUGCGCAGCGCAUCGAGUGGCUAGCGGAGCGCAAGCCCAAGGCCUCGCUCCUGGAGGCACUGAAGGUGUUGCACCGCGCCGAGGUGGAGGGAACAUCACUGCAGGGGGACACGUAUAUCAUGUCCGCUCUGCUUCGGCACUACUGCCGCAGCACAACCCCGCGCCGGCACUUGGUGUUGCCCUUCAGUGCAUCCUUGGCAUAUCGGCCUGGUCCUGUCUCCGAUGACGUGCGGCUCACAUCGGAUGGGGAAGCUGGUGGCAACUCCAAGGGACAUCCUACGACGAACGCAUUUGACUUCGAUUUUGACCCCACCAAAGAAGAGCUGCUAGAGAAGGAGGGGCAGUGCACCAUCAUGGAGGAGCUAGAGAGGCCUUCAGGUGCACCGACGCGCUCCCGCGGUGGUGAGCCGGAGCCGGAGAAAGGCCGCCGUUCACGUCCGCCGCCGCGUGACCCGUACUUCGCGGACAGCUCCGAGGAGGGCACGUACAUUCUCGAGGUGCUCAAGUCCUACGGAUCCUACCCGGACAACAACGUGCUGCAGGCGCUCUCGGCUCAGUACGAAGGGCAGGUGCCGCACAUGGAGAUUGUCGCCAGCGUCGUUGAGGCCUUCUUCGAGGGCUGCAUGGCCUCUCAUGGCGCCAUGACCCCCGUGGACUGCCGCUUCCUCCACGCGCUGGGCUACUACUACAUCGACAACCGCUGGCGCGACCGCGCGCAUCACCUGGUGCGGCGCGUGCUGGAGAUGUUCUACGCUUACUGUGUGACCUUCCGCGCCGACCUCGGCGGAACGGAGAAGUGGUUCUCCUACUUUGCCGUAAUCAUCGGCACCAAGACCGGUCCACUUGACCUCGGUAUAGGCCUCUUCGCUGCGUCCAUCGCGCUCUCUGACAAGACUGUGAACCCUAAAGUAGCGACGAAGCUGACAGCGAAGCGAGACUCGUCAGAGCACGUGAUCGAGGUACUCUCGGAGCUGGAAAGGUGCGGGUGGGAUUACCAUCGAAUCCUCUGCUGUGACGCACUCAUGCUGGAGCCGCAGGAGCGAGCGAGCGCAGGGAAGGUCGAGAGCGCUGCUGGGGCGAACGGCGCUGGCGCACGCGACCAUCGUCACGACCGAGGCACGAACGGCAGCGGUGCAGCAGGAGAGGAGCUCCUCGGCAAGGAGAGCAUCUAUACCUCAGCUGGCCAGGGUCCAAGCUCCUACAGCAACUCGCAUCUGCUGUCGGCGCGCCCGAGCCUCGUUACAUACAUGUACGUGGCGCUGCGUGACUUGGGGGUUGACAAGAAGACAGCCGACUGGCUGCGCGACAGGCUCAAGGCCGCACGGCAAGAGGUGUUGGCAACGAAGAGGGCUCGCUGA